ACUACUCACAGGAAACAAAUUGUUCGCGUAAAUUACCUUCAGCACCUAAAAGGCACAAACGAGCCUAGCUAGAUCGUUUGUUUGGGCUCGUUUGUUUCCUUGUGCUGCUGAAUCAUAUACUCAUAUUUGCAAGGUUAGCUGCCACCACUUUUGUGUUCAUAUCAGAAGCUUAGUAAGGCUAGCAACGAUCAAAGACUGAGCAUGGGAAAGAGGCUUGAUGCUCUAUUUGGAAGAAGUUUGAAGACAAGCAAAUUACAGGCCAACAUUAAGCUUGGUAUUUCAAGGCUUCCUGUCCUCAAAAACCAGCGCCAGGCUCGUUGCACCGUGGCCCGUUCUGAUGUUCUUCAAUUCCUGAGCCUAGGUCAGCAUGAGAGAGCUCUUCUUAGGGUUGAACAAGUGAUCAAGGAGCAGAACAUGUUGGAUGUGUAUGUUAUAAUAGAACGCUAUUGCCAUCAGUUGACUGAGAGGAUCAACCUCAUUGAGCAUGAAAGAGUGUGUCCUGAGGAAUUGAAGGAGACAGUAUCAAGCUUGAUUUAUGCAGCUUCAAGAUGCGGGGACUUCCCUGAACUUCAAGAGAUUCGUGCAAUUUUUACGUCCCGUUUUGGGAAGGAAUUUGUAGCUCGAGCUGUUGAGUUACGAAACAAUUGUGGAGUUAAUCCUCAAAUGAUACAGAAGCUAUCUACCAGGAUGCCAAGCUUGGAGAACAGAAUGAUGGUGCUCAAGGAAAUUGCUACAGAGAACAACAUUGUUCUGCAAAUUGAAGAAGUGGAAGUAGAAAUAUCGAAGGCGCAAAAGGAGACUGAUACAAAGCAGGGUCAAGCAAAACCAAAAACACCAACUCACUCUGGAGAUUUAGGAAGUGUUGAAGGAUGUUCGGACUCGAUGGAAGUGAGGAAUAAAUAUAAGGAUGUAGCUGCUGCAGCACAAGCAGCGUUUGAAUCAGCAGCUUAUGCAGCUGCUGCUGCAAGAGCAGCUGUGGAACUGUCCCGAUCUGACUCACAUGAUCCCGAUGAUCUGAAUAGUACAAAACUGCAGCCAAGAGUCACGUCAAGAACUCGUCAGUCAUUUAAAUCCAAUUCCCAAACUGGAGAAGAAAAAGAAAUUGAUGAAGAGAAAGUAGGAAUGGCAUUUGAGAAAAUCCACCCUGCUCAACACUAUUCUUCUGAGUCUGAGGACGAAAAGAUUAUAGCAGAAAACUUCAAACAACGCAAGAAUGAAGGGGAGAUUAAAAGGUCAUUGUCUACAUCGAGCUCAGAAUCAUUUGAUAACAACUUCAGUGGAACUAGAACAUAUUGCGAUGACGAGCUUCUGAUGAAGCUAGAGGAAAAGGAGAUAGUUUUUGAUGAAAGUGAUGAUGAGACUAAGGAGAAAAGCAGAACAUUUUUGUCAAGAACCAAAGAUUUAGGUUUAGAAGAUAAGCAAACUUCGCAAAGGAAGAAGAUUCCGGAUUCUGAACAAAGGUAUUCUAUUAAAGGAGAUAUCAACGAAGACGACUUCGGAUUACCUUCCUCUCCAGCUCACAAGCACUUUUCUUUAAGAUCUCACGCUGGCCUCAAGAAGGAAAAAGCGACAGAGAAGUUCAUCAGCUCUCGUGCAGACCACUUGAAUAUGGAGAAGAGGCCAAUUUCUGUCAGAACUAAAAGGACGUAUGGUCGGUGACAAGCUGAUGGAGAUAGCACAUACUACCAGAGCACUAAGUAUUGUGAAUUGCAUUAAUCUCUCUGGCUGUUUUUGCAGAUUAUAUUUUUCUUUGUUCAUUUUUUGAGAAUAAUGGUUGUUAAUUCAUUAUGUUGGUUUUCUUGGUUACAUGAUUUGUAGGGGGAAGAUUGGGUUGGAUGUUAAGGUGGGGGGGAUUGUGAGACCUCUCAGAUACCCAAAAAAAAAAGGUGGUUACUUGAUUUGUAAAGCAUAUAGCUAUUGUAUCCUUUAUCAAGAUUCAGAAUUUUCA